GUCUGAACGUCCGUCUCGCUCGCCAUCGCCAUCGUCAUACAGAGAAGGGGCAUAUAUACUCCCUCUUUGGCUCAUAUCCAAGCCUUGACAUGCCCGCAGCCACAAUAGCGUCGGCUCCAGCCGUCAAUGGCAACGCGACGACCUCCUCCCAUGCGAACGGCAGCGCUUCCACCCCUCGGGUGAGCAAGAACGCAAAGCGACGGGCCAAGAAGAAGCAGGACCGUUCCGCCGAGCAGCCCUCCAACGCUGCUGACGGCUCGUCGUCUUCGUCAGUCCCAGUCGCAUCGACUUCGUCAGCUCCUAUCAAGAUUGAUGACCGCGAGGACGAAGACGAUAAGAAGAGUCUGCCCCCGCUUACAGAAUUCGCUGCGCCGCCCUCGGAUGACGAAGCAUUCGGCCAAUUCAAGGACAUCUUUGCCAAAUUCCAGGCUGGGGAUGAGAGAGAUGGUGGUAGAGGAGGGGCUGACGGAGCUGGACCCUCAAAAGGCGAUGUGAUAUAUUCCGACGAUGAGGCCAUGUCUGACUCAGAUGCAACGGAUUCUGAUGGCGAGGGCGGCAGGAAGGCCAAGGAGGAACUGUCGAAACGAAAACAGAAGAAGCUAUCGAGGUUGACGGUGGCAGAGCUCAAACAGAUUGUGCGGAAGCCAGAGGUAGUGGAUUGGUCCGAUGUCACGGCAACCGAUCCCAAGCUGCUGGUACAAAUGAAGAGUACUAGGAACACGGUACCCGUACCGACGCACUGGAGUCAGAAGAGGGAGUAUCUGCAGAACAAGCGAGGGAUAGAAAAGCCACCAUUCGAGCUGCCUUCCUACAUUGCCGAUACUGGAAUUGGAACAAUGAAGGAUGCGCUGAAGGAAAAGGAAGGCGACCAAUCCCUCAAAGCCAAGACGCGGGAGCGUGUUCAGCCGAAGAUGGGAAAGCUGGAUGUAGACUACCAGAAGCUACAUGAUGCCUUCUUCCGCUUCCAGACCAAGCCGCCGCUGUCAUUGUAUGGUGAGACAUACUAUGAAGGCAAGGAAUAUGAGCAGAAGUUCAUGGAGCGCAAGCCUGGAGAUCUGUCAAGCGAACUCAAGGAGGCCCUCUCAAUUCCGCCCCUAGCGCCUCCGCCAUGGUUGAUUGCCAUGCAACGAUUCGGGCCUCCUCCGAGCUAUCCCCACCUCAAGAUUCCCGGACUGAAUGCGCCUAUCCCGGAUGGAGCUCAGUGGGGCUUCCACCCAGGUGGAUGGGGCCGGCCGCCGCUGGACGAGUUCGGUCAGCCUCUGUACGGGGAUGUCCUUGGCGUCGCGCAGGAACAAAGCAACGGACAGGAGGAGAGUAUCCAGCGGGACAUGUUCGGCGAGCUCGAUCCCGAGGAAGAGGAAGAGGAAGAGUCCGAAGAGGAGGAAGAAGAGGAGGCAGAGGACGAAGUGCCCGAAGAGGAAGAGGAAGGUCUGCCGAGGGACGGCUUGGAGACACCUGGCGGUAUGCAGUCCGUCACCUCCACUAUUCCCGGCGGUCUGGAGACUCCGGACUUCCUGGAGCUGCGAAAGCAAGGCAGGGGUGGUACCUCUACCCCCGCCAGUCAGUUGGCUCAGAUGGAGGACCCUCGUCAGACGCAGCAACGUAGCCUAUACCAGACGAUUCCAGAGACGCAGGGCAGUAUGCGUGGCUUCAUGGGCUCCGAGCGAGGCUACGACCUCUCUUCCUCUGCAUCGGCUUCAGCCGCGCCGGUACUAGGAGCGGAGGAUGGCAGAGGCACAAAGCGCAAGACUGGCAGGACGAACGGAAACGUCGAAAUCUCCUUUGAUCCAGCUGAGCUGGCAGAAAUGUCCGAAUCGGAGCUGCAAGAGAGGUACGAUGCGGCCAGGAGAGCCCAGACUUCUGGCGGCGUCAGCGGUGGAGCCGGAGUUGGCGGGGGCGGAGAAGACGUGAGUGCAUUGCGGGAGGAGUUGAGCAGGAAGAGACGAGCGACCGAGGAGAGGAGAAGGGAAAAGGGCGCAGAGAAGGGGGACAAGGAAGGGCGCUUUAGAUUCUAGCUGGAGACUAGGAUGAGUUCGAGACCCUUUUGUAAUACUACCACAACCACAAUCGUACAAGUACAACGACGUUGCGCCCGAAGCUAUGCCAUCUGAGGCAGGCUGUGCGACACUUUCCCUCGGGUCUACAAUUUUGCCUUCUUCUUUUCCAAAGACCUCAACCGUGCUUCGUCUAUCUUCUUGACCCUCUCCUUCUCUUCCUUUCUUAGCUCCUCGUCGAUUAAAUUCAUCCCCGUCCAUUUCUCCAGCUCCUGCACAGCACUCAACUGGCUCGCCAAACCGACUUUGAUCGUAUUGAUCCCCAACUUUCUCGCUGCUUUGAGGUUCGGUCCAAUAUCGUCCAAGAAGAGGAC